CUCCCUUUUUUUUCUUUCAGUCAGAGAAAUCACAAACCUAACCACAAAACCCUAGCACUGUAAGCCUACACCACCGCCACAAGGAGGGGCAUACUGCUGCCGUCCGUCGCACUCAAAGCUCGCCAUCCGUCAUCUAGCUUCCCUCGUGCUCGAAGUCUUCAACCCCUGUUCGCUGUCACCGAUCGCGGUUGCUUCCUCGAGCUCGGCGUCCGUCGUCUUUGUCUGCUCAGCCACGCUUCCGUCGCCGUUUGUUUGCCGUUCACGUUCGCGUCUUCGUUCGCGUUCUUCGCCGUUCGCGUUCGCUCGUCGUUCACCGUUCGCGUUCGUCUGGAAGCCACGUUGCUCUGCUUCAAACUCUGCGACCAACCCGCGUGCUCCACUCGUCGAACUGCUCUCUGUUGUCCCCGCCGUGAGUUCCCUAAACCAGCCACCAGACAAUACACUCACACAACAGACAACACCAACACUCUUCUUCAAACUCUGCAACUUCUGAUUUCUACUACAAUAAAUUUCUGGUUGCAGAGUGUUACAUUGAAAUGGGUUGGAAAGCUGCAGAGAAACUUAUUAGACACUGGAAAAUUGUCAGAGGUGACAAUGUUAUGAUCAUAAGGGGUAAAGAUAAGGGUGAGUCUGGGGUCAUUAAACGUGUUAUUCGUUCCCAGAAUCGUGUUAUUGUCGAGGGUAAAAAUUUGGUAAAGAAACAUAUCAAGGCAGGGCCAGGUCAUGAAGGGGGGAUCUUUACAGUUGAAGCCCCACUUCAUGCCUCCAAUGUGCAAGUCGUUGACCCAGUUACAGGGAAGCCUUGCAAGGUUGGGAUUAAAUAUCUUGAAGAUGGUACUAAAGUCAGAGUAUCCAGAGGAAUAGGAACAUCUGGGUCCAUAAUCCCUCGACCUGAGAUCCUCAAGAUAAGAACUACACCAAGACCUACACAACCUGGUCCCAAAGAUACUCCAAUGGAGCAUGUGUUAGAGAAGACUUAUGAUGCUAAAACAGGGAUGGGCAUGCCUGAUCUUUGAAGGGCUUGGAUACCUUGUUCCAAAUUUUUAAUUAGGUAGCUGUUUUGGCAAUGAAUUUGGUUAUGGCAUUAGUUUUUCACAUGUUUCCAUUUACCAUGCUUUAAUAUGGAUUUGAUUAAAUUCUCCUAGUAUAUGUAUUUCAAUGUGAUCGAAUCCGGGGUCAUCCCAUCGCUUGUAACUUUUUGUUUACUACUAGUAA